AUGGAAGAGGAGCAGCUAAUGAUGAGAGACCUGGAAGAAGCAGAGAGAGAGAGCGCCCUGGAGCCGCACCCCCCCCCCCCCCCCCCCGGGCCCCCCGGCGGUUCCGGGCUGUCACCGCGGCCGUCGGUUGCGGCCGUUGCCUGGGAACAGCAGUUGGAUGCAAACAGAGCGGGAGCGAGCAUCUCCACGCCCCAGCACCCCGGGAAGAGGGUGAAGGUGCAGAUGGAUGGUUCAUGUGAAGUUACACCGGAGGAGCCAACCCAGGGAAGAGCAGGAGCAAGCAGCAAGCCCAAGGAGACAUCCCAGGAUGGACACACAGCUCAGGAGACCGUGCUGGCUGGGCAGGUGCCCCGUGCUGCUGCCAAGGAGAAGGAAGGAGCACCAGAAGAUGCUGGAGCAGAUGCACCAUUGAGUCCCCUGGGGUCUCCUUCAGGGAUGGAGAUCCCAGGCACUCUCCCUCGCUCAGGCUGCAGGGAGCAGGAAACCCAGCAGAGGAGCAAGGAUGAUGAUGAUGGGCAUGAUGGCUCUGCCAGCUUGGUGUGGGCAGCUGUGCCGGGGAUGCUCUUCCAGCAGGACAGGCAGACCAGCCUUCACCCCCUUAGCCUGUCCUGGGUGUUUGGCUACAACAGCAGCCUGGCUGUGCACAGCCUGAUGGAUGGGGAAGACCGGGUGCUCCUCUACGUCUCCUCCCACACGGUGGUCAUCCAUGAUGUCCUGGGGAACAGGCAGUACCACCUGCAGGGCCACACGAAUGUCAUUUCUUGCCUGUGUGUAAGUGAGGACAGGCGUUGGGUUGCAACUGCCGACCAAGGGCCAGAUGCUCUGAUCAUUGUGUGGGACUCCUUCUCUGGGAUACCGGUACGCACCAUCUUCGAGAGUCACCCAGAGGAUGGGGUCGGUGCUAUUGCUAUUUCCCAGGAUGCGAAGUAUCUGGCCACCAUUAGCUCUGGUACAGUGCAGAGAGUUUGUGUUUGGAAGUGGACUUCGCCCACGGAGAAACCCAUGUGCAGCACAGAGCUGAAGCCUGAGUUUGGGUACCAGGAUUAUGUCAUUUUUAACCCUCAAAAUCCCUAUGAAUUUGUCAGCAACAGCAAAACCCAGGUGAUAUUUUACCUGUGGGGCAAUGCUGGUUUGCAGUAUGGAGCACCACUCCUGAGCAGCCAGACCUUCAAGAGCACGGUGGGACGCUUCAGCCAGUCGGUUUUUCAUUUUAACAACUUGCAAGCUCUGACGGGCACCUCGGCCGGGAAGCUGGUGGUGUGGGACACGGUUGGUCCCCACAUCCCCUCCAGGGAGCUGCGGGCCAAGCCGCACAGCGUGAAGGCCAUCAAGUUGGUACCGAUACAGAAGGACAGCCUUACCGUGCUCAAGGUGUUUGAGAGCUGCAUAGUAACAGGUGAUGUGAAAGGUCAGGUUAAAUUCUACGAUGGGCAGCUGCGGCUCCUCGCCUGCUACAGCCACAGCAAAGUGGGUUCCAUUCAGUCCAUCUCCUUCUCCAAAACACCUCCUGAUCCUGCUGGGGAGGCACUGGGAGGAUCAGGAACCAUCUCCUGCAUUGCUGGCAGCCAGCCCUUCAUCACCAGGAACUUUAUCCUUUCAACCUCUGAUGCAACUGUGCUCCAUGUUGCAACAGAUAGGGCAAACUUUGAAAAAGUCAUGGAAGAGGCGACGAAAGCUGUGAAUGCCAUCGCCUGUCACCCCCGGGAGGCACUCAUUGCGGUGGGGAGUCACUGUGGGCUGCUGAAGGUGUGGGACUACCAGCAGCCUCAGUACCUCGUCAGCAGGAUAUUCCCCAAGGCUGGCAUCCAGUGCUUGUCCUAUGACCCCAAAGGUUAUUUUCUGGCUGCUGGUUUUACUGAUGGAAGCGUUUACAUCCUUGAUGCCAUUUCCCUUCAGUCCAGCUGCAAAGAGUUCAAGUUCUCUUGGAGUCCUGUGACUCAUAUUAGCUUCUCUCACGAUUCGGAGUACCUCGCAACCGCUGAUGAGAAAUACUCGGUGACUGUUUACAAGAGAGUCUGGCGAAAUGGGAGAAGAUGCUGGGAACACCUCGCAGGGCUGCACUCCCACUACAAACCCAUCCGGAGCAUCCUUUUUGGGGUCCAGUUGGACAGCAACAAGCCCAGGCUCCUGAGCCUUGGGGAGGACCGGCAGCUGGUGGAAUAUGACCUGAACAGCAGCAGCAAGGACCACCUGGUGGUCUUGCACAGGGACCGGGUAGAGCAGAUUGCUGUGCCCCUGUGCUUGGCUUGGUACCCACAGCUCAGCACUGAGUCCUUUAUCCUCACUGCCAACAACUGCUACAAAAUGAAGCUCUACGAUACUACAACCAAAAUGUGCAGGAAGACCCUUUUGGGACCGACUUAUGGCUCCCCAUUGGAGAAGAUGCAAAUCCUCCCAACAACAAACACUACGGACUCCCAGAAACACUAUCUGGUGUACGUUACAAAGGACAAGGUGGGCUUGCAGAUUUUACCAGUCGAUGGCAACCCCCACAAGUCCUCAGCUUUCAUUUGCCAUCCAGGUGGCGUCUCCAGCCUCGCUAGCUCCUAUGAUGGGCGCUACGUCUUUACAGCGGGGGGCAAUGACUGCACUGUUAUGAAAUGGGAGGUCAACCUAAAUGCCUUGGAUGCUGCUGCUUCCCUGGGUGGGGAGGACUUGAUCCCCUUCUACAAUCUACUGGAUGGUGGCAGAGAAGGCGAAUUCUUCAGGGAACUGGAAGACUAUUUUUACUAUGCACAGCUGUGCAGCCAUGGUAUUGAUACGCUGGAGACCAGGCAGGUGUCAAUGCAUAUUCCCUUGGAGGAAAUUCCUUCUGUAAUGAGAGCAAUGGGAUUUUAUCCAUCAGAGGAAAAGAUUGAAGAAAUUAUAAAUGAAGUAAAAUUCAGCAAGUAUGUGGAUACUGGAGAACAAGUGACAACAAUCAGUUUUGGGGAUUUUAUCAAACUUUAUAUAAAUCAUCGACCUGUGUUUGGCUUGUCAAUGAAAAGAAUACAACGAGCAUUUCAGGUUCUUGGUUACGAUAAUGAGAACGGAGACAAAGUUAUUGACAGAGGAGACUUACUUUCCAUCACCAUAACCCAAGAGGCUGGUGUGGCUUUGUUGUGUACAGGAGAGCGUAUGACAGAGGAGGAGCUGGUGCAGUGUCUGAGCACCCUGCUGGGCAGGCGUCCUGGGGAAGGAGGAUCUGGAUCAGGCACCUAUGAUCCCUCAGGUGCAGCAGCUUUGACUGAAGAAGGAAUUCCAGCAGCAAUCACAGCAGAGAUAUUCGCUGCUGACAUUCUUGGCUUGCCUAUUGCUGAACCAGAAAAAAAGAGCAAAAAAAGAGAUGAAUCGUUGAUCUACAAAGACUCUUUAUCAUAGCUGCCUGUUUUCUAUGCAUUCCUACUUUCCAGUCUCCUCAAAUACCUGCAAAAUUUGUAUUUUGUGUUUAUUGUGUUUUAUUACAAAUUACCGUUUGUAAUAAGUUUGCAUAGUUUCACAUUAAUCAAACUCUAGAACAAGCCCUAGUUUAGUGCAUGCCACAAACCUGUGAGAUCAAAACCUAUGCAGGGAUGCGCUGGGGUGGCUGUAAAGAAUGAAACAGAUGGCCACCCCAUCCUUGGCUGGAACCUUCUGAGAAUUCAUUUCGGGCUAGUUUAUGCCAGAUGCAGUCUAUUUUCGUUACAUUAAGACAGCAUUUAUUUGUGAAACAUGACAGCAAAAGAGCAAUGUAAAAGUAUUGUAUUGAUUAAAUACAUUGAUAAGUGUAGCGUACGAAUGCUUGGAUAGGUUAGAAUGGAUUUGUAAUGAUAAAUCCAGUGGACCUCAGUAAAGAAAGGAAUGCUGUGUUAUACAUUAAAACCAGGUUUCCAUUUUGGCCUUUAAACCCCAUCUUUUUUCUUUCUGAAAGUAGCAUUUCCAAUUAGUAGUGUAAUACCAAUGGGACGGCAUCUUACUGUGUUUGUAUAAACAGCAUAAUGAGGCUGAUAUAAGUGCUGUAGAAAGAUCAGUGAAGUGCUGUUGAACACGCUUCCUUCUUUACAUCAUCCUCAGCAUCAAUUUGAAUAAUAAUGUAGGCCCUUAAGAAGUGUUCCUUUCGGUGGCAAUGUUUUUUAAACAGAAAUUGCUGUUAUGUACUCUGAAAGUACCUGUGAUUGUACAAUUAGUACAAACAGCAAGGUGUGCAAUAGAUGCAAGUUAAGGAAGGAGUCCAGCUGUACUGUGACCGCAGUACACCGGGUAUGUGACAGGAGAAAGUUUCUGGAAGAGGCUCUCUUUAUUAACUGAUAUUUUCAUGCGCUUCUACAAAUCCGCGUUGAGCAGAUCCUCUGCUACUUAAAACCUGCCUAAUUUCACGGAAAUUACUGACAUUAUUUUAGGCAGUUGAAACACCAUACACACACACACAACCCAAAUAAUCUGCCUAUUGCAGAUUUAUUAAGUAUCCUGUUGAACGAAGCAGCUGCUUUGCCCAACAGGAAGCAUUGCUCAUCCCCACGUCUGCAAUACUGUCACAGCGACUUGCACAAGGGCUGGACGGUGCUGUCUCCCGGAGCGGGGCUCUGCUCCGGUAUCCCUGCACCGAGCUGAAGCCCACCGGGUCGGACGUCUUUCACCGGGGAGCUCCCCGGAGCUGCUCCGCACCGCCCGGCCGGGGAGCCGCGCUCCCUGCCCGCGGGGUUCCCCCCGCCCUGGGGCAGUGGGCCGAAGAGGGAGCCGCGGGGCCGGCAGCUGCCUCGGAGCUCUCCCCGGCACAGGCACCUGGCCCCGGGAGGGGCUCGCCCGCCGUCCCGCGGCGGCUGAGGGGAGGCGGCGGCCCCUCGGCGCCGGGAGCAGCCUCGGAGCCAGGCGUCCGGCCCGACCCCUUCAUCCC